AUGCCAGGCAGAUUAGAAGGAAGAGUCGCGAUUGUCACUGGAGCCGCGAGUGGUUUUGGAAAAGCAAUUGCCACAACCUUUCGCAGAGAAGGCGCGAAUGUCGUGAUCACUGAUCUGAGUGAAGAUACUGGAAAUGCUGUAGCCAAGGAAAUUGGUGCAACGUUUGCCCGAGCGGAUGUGACAAAACGAGAAGACUGGGAGAAGGUCUUACAGCAGGCCAUAGAUUCUUUCGGCAGGCUAGACAUUGUAAUCAACAAUGCUGGCACUACAUACGCCAACAAGCCUACCGAGAAUGUUACGGAUCAAGAUUUCGAUUUGGUGUUCAACGUCAACGUCAAGUCAAUUUACCUUUCGACGAACGUGAUACUACCAUAUUUCAUCAAGAACGGCAUCAAAGGUUCUUUCACAAAUAUUGCAUCCACUGCUGGUAUCCGGCCUCGUCCCGGUCUUGCAUGGUACAAUGCAUCGAAAGCUGCAGUCAUCAAUGCGACAAGGACGAUGGCUGUCGAGUAUGGCCCAAAAGGAAUUCGUUUUAAUACAGUUUGUCCGGUCUUUGCUAGUGGCACUGGAUUGAGCUCAAAGUUUCUCGGUAAGGACGACAACGAGGCCAACAGAGCAGGUUUCGUAGCCACAGUCCCACUUGGUCGAGGAAGCACCCCUAACGAUAUUGCCAACGCAUGUCUUUACCUGUCCGGCGACGAAGGAUCGUUCAUCACAGGAGUCGACUUGCCUGUUGAUGGCGGACGUUGUGUAUAG